UGGAUCCAGAUUCUGUCAGCAUGCUGUCUGUUGCACUGCUCUACAUUUUGGCCUUGGUUUUCCCUGCAGAUAAUGCGUUGCCUUUAUACUCAGAUACAGCACUCACACCACACGAAGACCUCCUUCAGAAACUGGUGACAGAAAUAGAGGAUGGACAGAGCAAUGACCUGAGCACACAAAGAGAUGUCAAAACCAUCCUUCCCAUCUUGCUUCACCAGGAACGAGAGAGCGACUCUUGGCCUAAUGGAGCGAAAGAAAAUCUCCAGCAGGAUAAAAUGAACCACAUGAUGGAUGACUUAAAAGAAGUAGUCAUGAAAUUAGCAGCAGCAGACAAGCUGCGCUCUCAAGGCUUUCUUCGAUCUGAGCAGAAUUUACCCAAACCCAACAAGAGAGCCUGUUUCUGGAAGUACUGUGUAACAAACUAGAAGUCCUGUGAGAAUUACAGAGGAUCAGUCAUCAAAAAGGUCGCGUUUGUCUUCUCCCUCAAGCAUCAAUCCAUCAGCCCUUUAGCAACG